UCGGGAGUGGCGCGCCUGCGCAGGCGACGCUGAGAGGGAGCUGCGUCACUGUGUGGCGGACGGGCCCGAUGGCAGAGAGCGCGCGGCGGGCUAUUUUCUAACCGAACCAGAACAGCUUCCGUCGCUAUGCAGAGUGUGGAUCAUAAGGACGACGAGAGCCACUUGAAAAGCGAGAGCAUGGGGAAGGCCACCGAAGCAAAGAGCGAGCAGCUUGCUGACUUUAGCACAGAGAUCAUGAGCGUCACGGAGAUGGAGCAGUCCCCUGACAACUCUCCUGGCCCCACGCCCCAGGAAGAGAACCCCCAGGACAGUGAAAUGGCAGACACGGAGACGGCAGAGACUGAUGAUCCUGAGCCUUCGUUCCCUCCUGAAUUUGAGAAGUUCUGGAAAGUUGUUGAGACAAACCCACAGGACUUCACUGGCUGGGUGUAUCUCCUGCAGUAUGUAGAGCAAGAGAACCAUUUACCAGCUGCCAGGAAAGCCUUUGACAGUUUUUUCACACAUUACCCAUAUUGCUAUGGUUAUUGGAAAAAAUACGCUGACCUGGAAAAGCGGCACAGCAACAUGAAGCAGUCGGAUGAGGUGUAUCGGAGGGGGCUCCAGGCUAUACCUCUCAGCGUUGACCUCUGGAUCCAUUACAUAAACUUCCUCAAGGAGACUCUGGAUUCCGAUGACUCUGAAACGGUUGGGACCAUUCGGGGGACCUACGAGCACGCCGUAUUGGCCGCAGGGACAGAUUUCCGCUCUGAUAAACUCUGGGAAAUGUAUGUCAACUGGGAAAACGAGCAAGGUAACCUGAAGGCAGUUACAGCUGUCUUCGACCGCAUUCUAGGGAUUCCGACUCAGUUGUACAGCCAUCACUUCCAAAGGUUCAAAGAGCACGUCCAGAAUAACGUGCCCCGGGACAUUCUGACCACGGAACAGUUUGUUCAGCUGCGUAGGGAGCUGGCAUCUUCUGCCCACAGCCACGGUGGGGAGGACCCCCCUCCUGGAAACGACCUCCCUUCUGGAACAGAAGAUAUCACGGACCCUGCCAAGUUAAUCACGGAAAUAGAAAACAUGCGCCACAGAAUCAUUGAGAUUCACCAGGAAAUGUUCAAUCACAAUGAGCACGAAGUGAGCAAGCGGUGGACCUUUGAAGAAGGCAUAAAACGGCCCUACUUCCACGUGAAGCCUCUGGAGAAAACCCAGCUCAAGAACUGGAAGGAGUACUUGGACUUUGAAAUUGAGAAUGGGACUCAUGAGCGUGUGGUGGUCCUCUUCGAGAGAUGUGUGAUUUCCUGUGCCCUCUAUGAGGAGUUCUGGAUCAAGUAUGCCAAGUACAUGGAGAAUCACAGCAUCGAAGGGGUGAGACAUGUCUACAGUCGGGCUUGCACGAUACAUCUUUCCAAGAAGCCGAUGGUGCACUUGCUCUGGGCUGCUUUCGAAGAACAGCAAGGGAACAUCAACGAAGCCAGAAGAAUCCUGAAGACCUUUGAGGAAAACGUUUCUGGACUGGCCAUGAUUCGCUUGCGCAGAGUGAGUUUAGAGCGCAGGCACGGGAGCAUGGAAGAGGCAGAGCACCUGCUGCAGGAAGCCGUGAAAAAUGCCAAGUCGAGCUACGAAGCCUCUUUCUUUGCUGUCAAACUCGCUCGGCAUCUUCUCAAAAUCCAGAAGUCCCUCCUGAAGGCCCGUAAAGUGCUCUUGGAGGCUAUCGAUAGAGACGGGGACAACCCCAAGCUAUAUCUCAACUUGCUGGAAAUGGAGUACAACGGAGACCUCAAGCAAAACGAAGAGAACAUCAUUGCGUGCUUUGACAAAGCGAUUGGUGGUCCGUUGCCUAUAAAAAUGAGGAUUAUAUUUUCUCAGCGAAAAGUGGAAUUUCUUGAAGAUUUUGGUGUGGAUGUGAACAAGCUUCUAGGUGCCUAUGAAGAGCAUCAAGCCCUUCUGAAGGAACAGGAGAUUUUAAAAAGGAAAGCAGAAAAUGGUUGUGAGGAGCCAGAUGAGAAAAGAUGCCACAACGAGGAAGCGGCUCUGGCAGCUGGACACAUGGGAGAGGGAGACAUGCAAACCGGUCAAGCUGCCUACAAUUACAACGCCUGGUACCAGUACAACUACCCAAAUGCAUGGAAUUACGGGCAAUAUUACCAGUCCUCUUCAACCUGAGCAGAAGAAUGGCGUUUCAGCAGAAAUGGGGCAUGGAAGUGAUUUUUUUAAAAAAUAGGGAUGUGAACAAAACUUUCUUGUGAUCCUUUUGUCUCCCUUGCAUGUGCAACGAGCUGAUGUUCACAGGGUACAUGUGACAAAACUUGUGUGUUAAUUGGUAUCUUGCUGUCCACUCGGUACACCAGAAACUCAGCCAUUUCCCCCCUGCUCAAGUUAGCAAGUAAUUAUAUGGCGAAAUGUGCUGAUCUGGUAUCCCAUUGGGGAUUUUCAGCAGCAAAUCUGCAACAUUUUUAUAAAGCACUGGCCAAAGUUUGUCCCAGUGAAGAUGGAAAGGCAGCUCCACCCCUGCCUCACAUGCACCAAAUGAGGCUCUUCUUGUGUUUCCUCCCACAGGGGUAAAAAGUUGGCACGCACUUCCAAGGUGCACCCCCCCCACCCCCCGUUUGGUUGGCUUUUUAUCACUCUGCAGGGGCCACAACUGAAAGCUGUGAUUUUUGUUUGUUUUUUUAAGAAGGCAUGGGAAGGAUGGGUUUGUAUCAUGCCAGCAGGUACCCCUUUGAAUGAAAUUGACGGACAUGAAGUGUUUUGCUGAAACCAUGCUGUGUUUGGGGUGGAUUUUGUAUUGACUUUCCAUUGUAUGAGUUUAGAAAUUUGUUGAUUAAAGUGUCUUUUUUAAUAAAACCAUCCUAUGUAAACUGUU